AUGAGCAGAGCUGAUCUUCCAGAGGUCAUUGUGAUCGGUGCUGGUGGUGUCGGAGUGAUCGCGGCCUUGUCCUUAUCUCUUGCAGGUGAAAGUCGGGUUUCCUUAGUUGUCAGAUCUGAUUAUGAACAAGUCAGGGAGCAUGGGUAUGAGAUCAACUCCUGCGACUACGGUCAAUUGCGUAACUGGAGACCUCAUAGAUUCUUCAAGGGUGUAGAAGAGGCAUCUGAAAGCGGGAAAUUCUUCGAAUAUGUCGUAGUUACUACGAAAAAUAUUCCAGACGGACCUGAGGGUUCUACUGUACCGGACGUAAUAAGGCCUAUUGUGGAAAGUAAUCGUAGGCUUUGUCCCGAAAGACAGACGAACAUUCUGCUGAUUCAGAACGGGAUCGAUAUUGAAAAAGACAUCUAUGCCAAGUUCGAUUGCGCCAAUGAAAAAAUAGUGGUUCUCUCAGGAACGCAGCUAAUCGGGUCAACGAAAAUUGGCAAGGGUGUCAUCCGCCAAAUUGGGCAGGAUCACAUUUUAGUUGGCCCAUUCGAUGUUCAAAAUAAAGCAGCGGUCGAUGCAGCUCAGAAGUUCAUUGAUUUGUACAGGUGUGAAGAUCGUAACUUGGUGCUUUUCGAUGACAAGGUUCGCUACACGAGAUGGAGGAAGCUCAUCUACAAUUCCGUGAUCAGCACGACAACAGCGCUGGUUGGGAUGGACGUUUCCCGCUGCUUGAAGUUCGGUGUCGCUGGUAUGGGUACGGAGGAGGAAAUAUUCAAACCUGGAAUGAGAGAAAUUUUUGCCAUCGCUGCUAGUGAAGGAAUAGAACUGGAUGAGGAAUGUAUCUCAUUUUUCUGUGAUAUAUCCAGAAAGCAGGAGUACAAGCCUUCGAUGUGUAUUGAUUGCGAAAAUGGUCAGUUGAUGGAGCUGGAAGUUCUCCUCGGGAAUCCGUUAAAAAUAGCAAGAGAAAACGGCGUUGAGACACCGGUAUUGUCGUUACUUUAUAAUAUGCUCUACAUGGUUCAGAACAAACUGAAAGAGCAGAAGGGCUACAUAAAGUUUGAGCUAGACGACGAAUAA